GGUAUUUUGUAUUGGCAUAAAGUUUAAAAUACAUUGUUCAAUUGGGAGUAUAUUUUAAAGUAGUUUAUCAUACAGAUCUAGAGGAAAAUUUUACACUUUUUGGGAACUAGAUGCACAUUACUUGAAAAAGGAUCGAGAUACACUAGAUAAAAGCCUAUAAAGAUGGGGAAAGGAAAUGGAGAUCAUCCUCCAUCGAAGUUCAUAAAUGAGCAAUGGCUCCAUCAGCUAUCUAUUUUGGUCUUUUUGGUUGGCAGCAUUACGUUUUCGAGCCUAAGUAUUGGGAUGGAUGAUGGAGGCAGCUUUCCUUACCCAUACUUCUUUACCGGAUUUGUCUUAGCACCAAUUCUUCUUCUAAACUUCAUAUCCAGAUGGUACGUCAUAAUAGCUGUGCAAAGGAAAGAAUUGAGCAGAAAGAAUAUACUGGAAAUAUUGAAAAAUACACUUUUUGGUGAAUGGGUGGAGUAAACUGCGGAAUAGAUGGUAACAAUGACAAUAGUUCCCCAACAAAAGAUACUCUUAGAGUAAGGAAUACCUGUUACUAUGAUAUAGAAGGAGAACGUAGCGAAGUGUACAGAGGCUUAGCUAUAGGAUUAGUUAUCGUGCAUGUGCUUUCCUUUGUAUACCUGACGCAUAGCAAUUGUCCCGUGCACUGUGUUCAUGAGCAUAUAAAAGAAGAUCCACGAGGCAAUACUGUGUCUCGAGCUAAUGCCCGUCCUGCUGCGGCUGCUACAACGGCGUCCCCAACGACUCACGCUGCGGCUCCUGCUGUAAACAACAGACAUGCUUCAGCUUCUGGUGGAGCAAGUAAUGAAAUAAAAACUACAAUGCAAAAACUUGAAGCAAGAGUAAGAGAACUUGAGAGUAGAGAAAGGCAAAUGCAAGUUGUAAGUGUGCUAUCUACGCCACCAGCCUACAACGAUUCAUUGAACCCUGAUAGCAGCUGCAGGAGCACCGGAGUCCAUCCUGACAAUAGUUUCGUCUGACAUCCUCAUGUAAAGAUCCAUUACACAUUAUUAACUGAUACAAACGGGCGAAACCUAAGAAGGGUCUUAUUAUAAGUAUCUUAUUACAUGCUUUUCAUUGAAUUAUUUAAAUAUUAGAAAUAUAUUUGGUAUUUUCACAGUGAGAAGUGUCAAAUAUAUUUUUCACUAUUAAGAAAUAUAAAAUGGGGACAUUUACUCAAAACAUUAAAAAAAUUGUUUUACAUGUAAACUCAUGAAAGCGAUACCUUACAUUGUCACUCUGCUUCAUAACAUUAACUAACUAAUUUGUUUUUAUUUUUGUGUGACCAUAGAUAGUGAAUUGUCAAAACCGGUGCAAAUGACAUACAGUGUUCCGCAAAAUUUUUCACAAUGUACACUAAACCAGUUGGUACAAUAUGCAAGAAACAUGGACUAAAUCAUCAUUUUUACGCCGACGAUGGGCAGCUUUAUUUAUCUUUCAAACCAACAAAACCGGUCUCUCAAAAAGAUGCUUUACGCUGUGUUGAAAACUGUCUCGUAGAAAUCGUAUCUUGGAUGAACAGCAACAUGUUGAAAAUCAAUGCCGAUAAAACUGAAGUCAUUGUAUUUACCUCUCAAAGAAACGAAAAACAUAUUGAAUCGGUUACUGUGAAAAUUGGAGAAGAGAACAUUAAACCAUCUAAAUGUUUAAGGAAUCUUGGUGCUUUUCUGGACUCCAAAAUGAGCAUGGAAAAACAUAUAAACUCAGUUUGUAGAUUAGGGUACGGACAGCUACGUCAAAUAGGCCAUAUCAGGAAAUAUCUAAAUACAGAUGCUACAAAAUCUCUAGUAAAUUCACUCGUCACUUCACGCCUUGAUUAUUGCAAUGCGCUCUUGUAUGGUGUUCCGCAGGUCUUGCUGAAUAGACUUCAAAGUCUUCAGAACUCUGCAGCUCGAAUUAUAACGAGAAUAUCGCGUUAUGAUCACAUUACGCCGGUAUUAAAAGAACUGCAUUGGAUACCAGUUACUCAUAGAGUGGACUUUAAGAUUCUAGUUCACACAUACAAAGCAUUGCAUGACCUAUCACCGAUCUAUGUUAAAGACUUGCUAGAACUCUAUCAGCCAGCAAGAAAUUUGAGAUCCAAGAACAACUCAAAACAACUAGUUGUUCCAAAAAGCAAAACUGUGAGGUACGGUGAUCGUAGUUUUUCAUCAGCUCCACCGAAGUUAUGGAAUGCUCUUCCGGCUACCAUUAGAGACGCUAAAAGCUUGGAUGCUUUCAAACGAUCAUUGAAAACACACUUUUUCUUCAAGAUCUAUUGAAACUCACUUUGCACUGGAAAACAAGCUUUGCAAUGGAAAUUAUUUCCUAUUGUUAAAUGUUCUCUAAAAUAUCUAGGACAAUUAAAAUGUAGAGUAAAACCUGAUUCAGGCUAAAUACCUUUUAUUGUUGAUAUAUUUUUGUGUUGUAUUGUAUGUCCAUAUCAGUAUGUGAUAUGUAGUUUGUACAGCGCUUUUGAACGUUUAUUUUAUAGAUGAAAAGAGCGCUAUAAAAAUCUGGUAAA